AUGGCGCUGCGACGGCCGCUAGCCCCUUGCUACUUGGGGCCUCCAAAGGAGGUGGAGGCCGUCCCGGAGGGCUACUCGCGCGUCUACCACAACAGGAGACGAACAGCCUGGACAGACUAUAAGCUUUCGACGCUUUCGACGCCUGCAACUGGCGGAGACAACCUAAGCUUGUCCCGGCAAUCUACUGCAGACACAGAUAUAGGUAUGGAUCCCAAGCAGCAGCCUGAUGGGAGUUUUAGCAUGAGUCCAUCUACCUUGAAUCUGCUUGCGCAGCUGGAUGCAGAGAAAUGCCUUGGCUGCUGCAUGCAGCGGAGCAAGAUCCUGAAUGAAGCUCUUACGUACUGCCGUAUUCCCGGCUACGUUCAGCCAUGUGCGGAUGACGGUUGGUCUCCGCUGCUGAUUGCAACUCAACGCCGAAACUGUGACGCAGUCAAGACCUUGCUCGUGCACGGUGCGGAUGUUGAUUGCAAGGAGCCACAAAGUGGAUGGACACCUUUGAUGUUUGCAUCUUCCCUCGGGGACAGUCACAUCGUGAAGAUAUUGUUGGAGUAUGGCGCCUCCAUCAACGACUUUGCCAGUCCGCACGACUGGAAUCCACUCUGCUGUGCGCUUCAAGCCAACAACAAAAACGUGGUUCGCCUUCUCCUCGAUGCCAAGGGCUUAUUUGCAUGUGCGUGGCCUGUCGAACCUUCUUUUUCACAUGUUCUGAAGACAGAAGCUAAGGGGGUUUCAGCAAUUUCCUCAAUGUUGGCCGGGUUACCCAUGCAACAUGUCCACCGCAACAUUUGUGGAAGAGUGGGAGAGUGA